CACAACAUCACAACUCAAACACCCAAACACAUCCACUCACCUUCAUCAUCCACCCACCACCCACACUCUGAUCUUGUGAUUUUUGUGCACUUGUCACCUCGCCAUUCGUACCCCCACGAUGGUCGACACCGUUGACAAGACUUUCGCGACCGCGCUGGACACCCCAGCGCCCGCGCUCGCCGAUCCCACUCACAACCGAACACCUCCCUCCAGCACAGCCAAGCUCGCUGCUAUCUCUCGCGUGUCCAGCACCCCAAGCCCACGCGUCUCGCACCUCGAGAUGCGCCGCACCGUCUCGUCUCGGAGUCCGUUCCGCGAGCCAGCUCUGGAGGCCUGGAGCGGCCUUCCCAAGACCCAGAGCGACGCCGGCUCCUGCCAUCGCUCAGCCCACGCUUCUCCCAGCUCGCCCUUGACUGCCUCGUCUCAGGAAGUUCAGCCCGUCGCCGAGCCCACUUCCUCUCGCAAGGAGUCCGCCUCUUGCGGUCUUCCCCACCCGACCAACAUCACCGGCUCGAACAGUACGAGCCAGGACCCUCAACCCCCCCGCCCCGAGUCGUCACUUCGCUCCUGGCUGAAGUGGGGCAAGGAGCCCAGCUUCCUCGAAGAGAUUGGCGAUGAAACUUACGACGAUCUCGAUGCUGCCGUUGCAUUCAAGGCCAUGAAGUUCCCCGCGCCGCUGCUGUAUGGUACGGACGACAGCCUUGACGAGUCCCAGUCCCUCAAGUCGCCCAGCGACCACUCCCGCUCACCCGUCGUCAUCGCCUCGAUGGAGGAGCGUGUGUGCUCUAAGCCGUCCAUCCCUCCUCCUCGUGUCGUCAAGCGCCUCUCAAGCAAGGAGUCGACGUGGGUGCCGGGGGACGCAUGUCCUCAGACUGAGACCGUGGACGACUGUGAAAACCUGCACAGCCCUAAUCACGUGGGCAAUGUGAACGACAAUGCCCCGCAGGGCAAGGCUCACGGCUCUUCAGGAGUGGUAAACACUUCUCUGGGCUGGGGCAUCCCCUCUAUUCCGUGGGACGGAGUGGACGCGAGCCGCCUCGCUUGGAUCGAGCCCGACCUCCUCGACGCUGGCAGCUUCCGUCUGACGCCGCCGCGCACCCGGCCAUCCGCCCGCGCCAUCUUUGACGAGAAGGAGACCUCCUUGUCGCUCGAGAGGAAGGCGUACCUGCAGGGAAGCUUGCUGGGCGACGGGCUGAACAACUUCGAGGAGCAGCUCGCUGAACUCUCUGACUGGGAGGACAGCAUGAUCUCGUCUCCUCCGGCCACCAAGGCCUCGCCCGCGAACAAGCUGGACAACGCUGCCAGCAAGGACACGCUUAGCCGCGCUCGCCGUCAGCGUGGGUCGAGCGACAACGCCGACACCACCAUCGAGUUCAAGGCGAACGGAAGCUUGCUUGGCGAUGGCCUGGGCAGCUUUGAGGAGCAACUCGCCGACCUCUCUGACUGGGAGGACAGCCUCACCUCAUCUCCUCCCGCUGAGAAGACGUCUCCCAAGACCAAGACGGACAGCCCCGCAAACAAGCCCAGCCCAAGCCGCAUUCGCCGCUGUCGCGCAGCGAGGGACGAGGACACUACCAUCGAGUUUAAGGCCCACGUCCACGGAAGCCUGCUGGAGGACGGGAUCACCAACUUCGAGGACCAGCUUGCAGAGCUCUCUGACGAAAGCAUUCUGUGGCACCUUCCGCCCCGGUAUGUUCCACCCGACAUGAACGACGAAUCUGCGCGUGCACUCGCUGCGGCGGAGGCCGCAGCUGUGGUUGCUAUCAAGCGCUACAUUGCUAUGCUCAACCGUCACCAGGACGCUACGGGCACAACCGGCUCGCAGCGCUCAGAGAGCCCCGCGUCAGGCCUCACGCGCACCAGCAGCGGAAGUUCGACUGCGCGUGAGUGUUCCAACUCGAGCGACAGCGCCCGGACAGUCAGCUCUUGCAGCACUGGCGUCCAGCGGUCGAACAGUGGUGGUGCGCUUCAGAGCGAGCGCUCCUCCUUCGGCGCCCAGAAGCUCGAGAGCAUGCGUCCCGUUCAGCGGUCCAAGAGCAGUGGAACGCUCCCGCGGGAGCAGGCCUCCUCGGGGACCCAGAAGUCCAACUGCACCCGCCCCGCCCAGUCCGGCGCCCGCCCCGCUUCGGGUGUUCAGUGCACCAACAGCGGUCGCGUUCUGUCCCGCGGAGUGCCGGCCUCCUCCAGCGGCCGGAGCGUGGCGUCCAAGACCGCACCGCGCCGUGACUUGCCCGAUGUGCCACUUUCGAUGCGUGCGAGGGUGCAGGAGCGCCGGGGCAUCGCCCCCUCCACCUCGUCCGAGGACAGGUGGGCCAACGCAGUUGAGCGCGACCCUAAGCCCGUGGCCACCGCGCCGGCCGCUGCGCCGCGCGGCAUGACCUCAAGCGCCAGCACCCGCCGCUUGAACCCUGGCCCGGGCCUUACCCGCACCAACACCGUGCGCUCGAUCGGGGAUGCCACCGGCCCCGCUGGCGCGGCCGCGCGCCCCCUCGCGCGCACCAGCAGCGUGCGCCAGUCACUGGGCGUCGGAGCGGCCACUGAGGCCCGUGCGCGCGCCUUAGCCCCUGCUUCGACGACCCGCACUGCGGUGCAGCGCGCCGCGGACGCACGCAGCAUGCCGCCUCCGCCAGUCCCUAACCGCGCCGUGCAGCGCACCAGCCUCGCUCCCGCCGCGAAGGUCCGCGCGCCCAUCCCGUCGCCCCCGAAGCCGGCGACGGCGCCCCGCACUUCGUUGGCUGCCCGCCAGUCGCUCGCGCCCCGCCAGCCUCUGGCAGCGCGUCAGUCGCUCGCCCCAACUAUCCCUAAGUCGUCUUCCCGCCCGUCGCUCGCUGCGGCCGCGGUUAUCCCGAAGACCAACUCGCGCUUGUCGCUCGCUGCGGCCGCGACAACCGCCAAGCCGGCUCCCCGCACGUCCCUUGCGCCCGCCGCCCGCGUUCCGGGCGCUCUCCCACGCUCGAGCUCGCGGCCCUCGCUCGCCCCGGGCACUGCGGCCCCCAAGCCGGCCGCGCGCCAAUCGCUUGCGCCGAGCACCACUCUCCCCAAGCCGGCUCCGCGCCACUCGCUUGCGCCCGCGAGCCGCGCCUCCCUCGCCCCGUCGGCGAGCCGCACCUCGCUCGCGCCGCGUCCCGGCGUCCGCGUGAAGGCGUCGGCGCCGCCGACCCUCGAGCGCAUCCCCGCCGGCGCGACCGGCAUGCGCUCCUCGCGCCCCUCCACCCUGGCGCCCGCUGCGGCGGGCCGAGCGCGCGCUGCCAGGGCGGUGUAA